AUGUUCAACUCGCCAGCCCGUGCCACGCCCAGGCGCGGUCUUCGGGCACGCGAUUCCAUCUCACGUGGACCCUCCAUGUUCGAGUCGUCAGCUCCCCCGACCCGCUCAAGGCUCGGCAGCACCCAGCCCUUGUUGAGACCCGUCUCCCCAGCAUCGUCUGCCGGCGACAGCGUCCACACACAGCGUACAGAGCAGCAGCACCAGCAUCAUCGCCAGGCAGAGGAGUGGGACUCGCGCUCCACGUGGUCCCGCGACACGCGACACAGCGUCACCGCCGCUGGGCCUUUGCCUUCCGAGGUCGCCGCGCUCGUCAAGGGCGCAGACUUUAUUGUCAACUCGGUCGCGGGCCAUGUGGACCCCAGCAACGGGUACGCGCUCGUCGCUUCUCCAUCAUCCGUUGUCGCGUGGAACUAUGCCAAGCGUACCCACUCGUCUCCUACCGUGUACCGCUUUGAGGCACCACCUGUCGCCCGCCUCGGCCUGGCUGCUACACCGCCUGCACUCGCAACGUUUGUUGGUGCUGGCAACGAGCCCGGCCUCUUGCUUGUGAGCGCCACGGGCGAAGUGCGCUUCUGGGAGAGUGUCAACCACGGUCUCGUCGACCCCCAGCACCAGCGCUAUGCCUUGCUCCAGCUCAACCUCGGCGACGACUUUGCCGAGCGCAUGUGGAAGGUCGACGCGACCUCGUUCAUCCUUACCACCACUGCGAGCACGGCAUGGCGUAUCGCCGUGGCCAACAUUGGCGGCCGUGUCGUCCCCACCGCUACCCAGUUUACACGCAACAGCGGCAUGUUCAACCGCUCGUCGCCCAUCAUCUUCACCGACCGUGACCAGCGCAACGGCGUUGUGGCUGUUGCCCCUACCACUGGCGGUGUUUACAUUCUCGGCCGCAGCACCCUCCAAAAGUGGGGCAUUGCGCCAGAUGGCAACACCCGUCUCGUCCAAGAGUUUGACCUCCGCGAAUCCAUUGGCGCCAGCCUGUUUGAGGAUGAGCGCACCUGGCAGUCAGGCGCCGUUCACCUCGAGCUCAAUGACCUCGUGUCCGUCGGAAGCGACCAGCUCGCCGCGUUUGUGUCGUACACCACCCAAGGCUCGUCCAACCGCCGCACCCACAACAGCCACAAGAUUGUCGUGUUCGACUACAACCACCAGUCCAACGUGCUCACCAUUGUUCAGGACGUGCACCUGUCCUACGUCGCACACUCGGAUCCUCGCAUGCUCGACAUCCCACGCCUGUACAUUCCGUCGGGCGCCCAGACCGCCUUCGUCCGCUUUGCCGACGCCAUUGUUGUUACUUCGCUUUCCAGCAUUCCCUACGAGGACACUAUUACACUCAAGGACUCGAGCACCAACGCGUUUAUUGGCGUCGGGACUGCAAAGUCGGGCAACCAUAAUGCUGCCCUCGUCGCCAUGGCUGCCUCGGGCGGUAUCAUGGCCAUCGAGGUCCACCCUGCUGUCGCUCAGGCCCGUCAUCAGUCGUCAAUCGCUGCUGCUACUGCCCGCAUCAAGUCGAAGCUUGAGCAGGCCGUCUUCUUUGGUGACCGCAGCGAGAACCCCCUUACCUUUGACCUUCCCGCCGGCUGGAAGGGUGACCUCUCCGAGGCCGCCGAGGGUGUCUCUACCGAGAUUGUCUCAUCCACGCGUCUCAAAGAGCUGAUGAAGUACAUUCACCGCAACGGCGGUCUCAGCUUGCUUCACGAGAGCUCCCGUAGGCGACUGUGCGGAGACGCCGAAAAGGUGCAGGCCGCCAUCGACCUGUGGGACUACCAGAACCGUGUCAUGGAGUCCCCGGAGAGCCUGCUCGGCGACUCGAUCCAGAUCCUGAUGAACCAGCUCGGUUCGUCCGCCGACGACGACGUUGUGCGCUCCUUUUUCCGCACACAGGUGGCCCACCUGGACCGCCUGCUCGAGUCGGUUUAUGCCACCUUCCAGGCCGCGGUCACCACUGCCGGGCAGGGCGCCGACCUGACUGCAUGGGUUCUGGAGGCCAACCGCAUCUUCCUCACCGUGUUGCGGUCGUCCGCACGUUACCGCGAGGCCACCAACGAGGUGUACAGCGUUGACCGCUCGCACCCCGUCAUUGAGCUUUGGACCGCCAGCGACGCCAUCAUCAACGAAAUGGACGCUCUCUACAGCGCGACCCAGCGCCUCAUCAAGGACCGCACACGAAUGUUUGGCUCGGUCGUCGACGAGGGUGUCCCCAAGGGCACUACGGCCACCACGGGUGGAGUGGCGCAGAAGCGCGACCAGGCCACGCUCAAGCUGCAAAUGGCUCACCUCGCUGCUGCUCUGUGCCAGAACAUGGAAGACAAGCUGCGCGCAUCCGCAACGCAGAUGAAUGGUGGUGUGGACCCCAACGAGGGGCUCACUCUGGCUCAGCGUUGGGACGAGAUGAAGCCCAGGAUCAUCCGUCCUCUUGUGGACAUUGACUGUGUGGACGAGGCAUACCAGCUCGCAGAGCACCACCGCGACUUCCCCACCUUGGUGUACCUUUGCAACAAUCCCGUUUCGGCCAAGGGUAACGGCCAGGCAAGGAUUGAAACCUUCAUUGAGCAGUUUGGCGCCGAGUUUGCCUUUGUCCUGUACCAGUGGUACAUUGACCAAGGUGACCUGUAUGCUCUGCUGUCGCAGGAUGAGGUGUACGGUGGUCUCUUGACUGCCUUCUUCGACCGUUUCCCCCACCCCGAGCUGUCUUGGGUCCACGACAUUGCCAGCAAGCGCUACGGCACGGCUGCCGCCGCCCUCGUAGCUGUCGAUGGCCACACAGCUGAGCUCGCCCAGAAGCAGCUCAUUGCGUCGAUUGCCAAGCUGUCUGCGGUUGCCGACACCAAGGCGCACGGCGCGACUCCCGGCCGUACCGCUCUCUUGUCCGAGAUUGACGACGGACUGGACGCCAUCAACGCCGAGGAAGACUUGGCCGACUCUAUCCGCGCCCUGGCCCCCACAAGCGGCUAUCCGCGCGUUCCCGGUGCCAAGGCAUUUGUGGACGCGCACGCUACCCGCCUCACCUCGCGCCCUGCUUUCCGCGCCGAGCUGGAACGGGACGUCACCGACCUGCUCGCCGGCACCGCGCUGGGCAUCGAGUCCCUCGUGGACGCCUUGACGCUUGCUGACAUGCUCCCCGACCGUUCCGGCGAUGCUGCGCUUGCGCUCGACCGCCUUGCGCGCGCCUCGUUGCCCGAGGGACGCAAGCAGGUUGCCCUCCUCUCCAUCUGGCGCCGCGUGUUCAUCUACGACGACUGGGCCGACAUUGCCAAGACGGCCGGACGCAGCGAGGAGACUCAGCGCAACCUCAUGCGCGGCUCGCGCACGUAUGCGACCCUCGAGGCGAUUGGCGCUACGGACCUGCCCAGCUCGUACAUUCUCGCGCCCAAGAAUGCCACGUUGGCCCCGCUCCCCAGCGAGAUCGCGGCGCGGUUCCCGGCUUACACCCCUGGCCAGGUCGAGGCUCUCAUGGCCGACCACGGCGACGAGAUUGCCGUUCUGGACGAGCUGAUUGCCGAGCAGCACCUGGACCAGAUCGUCCGCGCUGUGAGCGAGCUGGUGGAAAGCGACCGCUGUGGCGAGACGACCAUGCUGGGCAGUGACACGGAUGUGGAUAUGUAG